GCGCGGCUGCCGGCGCCUUUUUUUGUGCGGAAGCUGAAGAAUGCGGCGAUCGGCACCGGCUGCGACAUCCGGCUGCGGGUGGUGGUCGUGGGCAACCCCCAGCCCAGCCUCCGCUGGUACCGAAACGAGGAGGUUCUGGCCCCGCAAGAGGAGGAAUAUGGCACCCUCUGGAUCCGGGACAGCAAGAAGGAGGAUGCUGGUGUGUACACGUGCGUGGCCGAGAAUGAGCGGGGAGAGGCCAUGAGCAGCGCCGUGCUGGCCAUCAUCGACAUGGAAGACUCGGAGACAGGCGAGGAUGAGCCCAGUGAUCCCCAGGUGACGCAGCGCAGUGAGCUCCAGGAUGAGACGGCUUUCAGCACCCCCACAGGUGGGUCUGACACCCUUGUGGAUGCCUCCAUGAACACAACGCCGACCUCGGUGCUGGCCUUGUCACAGGCAGAGGAGCGCUCCAGCUGGUCGGGCAGCCAGCAGACCGUGGUGGAGAAGGAGAUGGAUGCCAGCCUCUCCGCACGGGGACCCUACCUCCGUCCCGCUGCGUGGCAGCAGCCCCAGGGAACCCCAAGGCAAGCAAACACGCCGGCCCCGCUCGGCGCCGAGGUCCGGCACCUGGGCGUGGAGCCACUGGUGCGGGCAUCAAGGGCUAAUCUGGUGGGCACGAGCUGGGGGUCGGAGGAUAGCCUUUCGGUGGCCAGUGACCCGUACGGCAGCGCCUUCAGCCUGUACCGAGGACGGGCGCUCUCGCUCCACGUGUAA